UCAAAAAAUAAUAAAAUUUGGGAAUUAGGGAUAUAGAUGUGGAAUACUUCGAUGAAUAUUUAUGUUGUUUGACAUAUUGUGUUAAUUCAUGAUAUAGAUAUGGAACACACCGACGAAUCUGUUGACGUUGAGUCCAGAGACCUUCAUUCCACUAAAGGUACUGAUACGUAUGAUUUAGAAUCGAAUGCCGACGAGGAUGACAGUUAUUCAGGAUCCAGUGGGGAUGAAAGGUCAGAGACUGAAAGUUCAGAGACUGGCGAAGAUGCAUCUGAUAAUAUUGGAGCUGCAGUUCAUAGUGAGGUAAAUUUUGAUUCAAUUACUUCUGAUGAGAUUCGAGCCAUGGAAUUUGCUACUGUUAGUGAAGCUUAUGAAUUUUAUUACCGGUAUGGUAAAUGUAAGGGUUUUGCUAUUAGGAAAGCUUCUAGUAGGAUAAAAGAGUUAGAUGGUAAUAAAGUAACACAAAUGAAGCAGUUUGUUUGCAACAGACAUGGUUUAAGAGAGAAGAAACAUUUAACCAGGUUAGAUAGGAAAGUAGAACAUAGACGUUUGAGCCGUACAAAUUGUGAAGCUAGGUUUCGUGUGCAAUACAGAAAACAAAAGGAUAGAUAUGUAGUUACUGCUUUCGUAGAGUGUCAUAACCAUGAAUUAACCCCAGCUCGGUUUGUUCACCUGCACCCUGUUUAUCGUAAAAUAUCUGAAGCAGAUAAGGCUCAGAUUGAUGGUCUUCAAACACGUGGAAUUAGAACUUGUCAUAUAAUGGGAUACAUGAUUGCCCAGAAGGGUGGAUAUGCUAGUGUUGGAUUUACAAAGAAAGAUUUGUACAAUUAUUUUGAUAAAAAAAUGCGUGAGUGUAUUAAAGAUGGUGAUGUUGUCGCUUCUUUAAAUUAUCUUAAUGUAAAGUCGUCUACUGAUCCCAUGCUAUAUGCUGAGUAUGCCGUCGACAAUAGUAAUGGACGAAUGAGGUCUCUAUUUUGGGCUGAUGGCAGUAGCAGAUCAGACUACUUUUGUUUUGGUGAUGUGCUUGCCUUUGACACGACUUACCGGAAGAAUAAAUACAACUAUCCAUUGGUUGUAUUUUCAGGGUGUAACCACCAUUCUCAGACAGUAAUUUUUGGUGCUGCAUUGGUAGCAGAUGAAACGACGGAGACGUACAAGUGGGUGUUGAAUUGUUUUUUAGAGUGCAUGGAAGGUAAACAACCAAAAGCAGUGGUAACAGAUGGAGAUGGGGCAAUGAGGGAGGCCAUAAAACAGAUUUUUCCCGAUGCCACCCACAGGUUAUGUGCUUGGCAUUUGAAUAAGAAUGCAGUUGAGAAUGUGAAAGAUAAUCCAGAAUUUUUGGACGGUUUUCAAAAAGCCAUGUACUCUGUAACACCCAAACCCGUUAUUUAA